AUGCAACCAUCAACUUCCAUCAGCCGUAGCUUCACUACAACAGCGGUCAGUGCUCAACGCUCCAUGCGACACCUCACACAGCUCGAGAUUAUCCUCCUUCUUCUUGCAAGAGCAACCACCAUGGGCGCCGCCGUCUCUCCUCUUGCUGCUCGCGCUCGCGCCCGCUCCCGCACCCGCCGUCCGCCCUCUCCUCCUCUUUCACCAUCAGAGUACACUCUUCGCGCCAUGGAGUGGCAGCAACGUCAGUAA